AUGGCCGAUAAUACGACUCGCAUAGCCCCUCAAGGCGGCAUCUUGGAAGGUGGGAAUCCGUCUCAAUAUGACAAAAAGAACCCCAUUGUCAUAUUCAUCAUCCAGGCCAGCAUUAUCAUCAUCUUGUGCCGAGCGCUGCACUGGCCGCUGUCCAAAAUUCGUCAACCUCGUGUCAUUGCUGAGGUGAUCGGCGGUGUCAUCUUGGGUCCCUCAGUCAUGGGUCGCAUCCCAGGCUUUACAGAAGCCAUUUUUCCGGAUGCUUCGAUUCCCAAUUUGAACCUUGUGGCAAACCUCGGUCUCAUCUUGUUUUUGUUCCUUGUCGGCCUAGAAACCGACCUCCGCUUUCUGUUCAGUAACUGGCGUGUGGCGGCCAGCGUGUCGGCCGCGGGAAUGAUCCUGCCGUUCGGCUUUGGAUGCGCCAUCUCGUAUGGUCUGUACAAUACCUUCAGCGAUGAGCCCGGUACCGUCAAGAUCAAUUUCGGUACCUUUCUGCUCUUCAUUGGUAUCGCCAUGGCGAUCACCGCAUUCCCGGUUCUAUGUCGAAUCCUAACUGAGUUGAAACUGCUGGGCACAAAUGUUGGUGUGAUCGUGCUGUCGGCGGGUGUCGGCAACGACGUGGUUGGCUGGAUUCUUCUGGCCCUCUGUGUCGCCCUGGUGAAUGCAGGAUCUGGUCUCACUGCUCUUUGGGUUCUGCUGGUCUGUGUCGGAUACGUUCUGUUUUUGUUUCUUCUCUUCCGACCGUUAUUUUUGCGUUUCCUCCAGAAGACGGGGAGUCUCCAGAAAGGCCCUAGUCAAUCGGUGGUAGCCGUCACUCUUCUAAUCGCUUUAGCCUCCUCCUUCUUCACCCAAGUGAUUGGCGUCCACGCAAUCUUCGGUGGAUUCCUCAUUGGUCUUCUCUGCCCUCACGAGGGUGGGUUCGCCAUCAAACUAACGGAGAAGAUCGAAGACCUGGUCGCUGCCCUUUUUCUGCCUCUGUAUUUUACCCUGUCUGGUCUCCAAACCAACCUGGGACUGCUUGAUACCGGGAUUGUAUGGGGAUACGUGGUCGCCGUGAUCGCGAUCGCACUGAUUGCCAAGAUCGUUGGUGGCGCACUCGCCGCGAGACUUUGCGGCCUCCUCUGGCGAGAAAGCUUAUCCAUCGGCGUGCUGAUGAGUUGUAAAGGUCUCGUCGAAUUAAUUGUUUUGAAUAUAGGUCUACAAGCCAAUAUCCUGAGCACUCGUACCUUCACCAUGUUCGUGGUCAUGGCGCUAGUUACCACGUUCGUCACAACCCCGUUGACCACGAUCUUGUAUCCGAAGUGGUACCAGAUUAAGGUGGACCGCUGGCGCCGCGGUGAGAUCGAUUGGAACGGAAACCCCAUACAAUCCGAUGCGCGUGUCGACAGCGUAACGCUGGGUAAGCAACAGGCUCAGGGGACCACCGUUCGAAGGCUGCUGGUUUAUUUGCGACUCGACGGUCUAUCCAGCAUUUGCACACUAGCUGCUCUCCUCGGCCCCAGUCGUCUUGCUCAGCCUCCUCUGCCCCAGAUGCAUCCCGACAAGAGACGGUCCCAAACCAUAUCUCCGGAACCAGCGACCGAAGAGGCUGCCCCGACGGAAGUCGAAGACGCUCCUGCGCUCCAAGUACAUGGGGUUCGGCUGAUGGAAUUAACGGAUCGUGAUUCUAGCGUCAUGAAAGUAUCGGAGAUCGAGGAAUAUACGCUGUGGGACCCGGUGGUCAACACCUUUCGUGCAUUCGGCCAGUGGCAUGAUAUGUCGAUCAUGGCUGGUGUGUCCGUGGUGCCAGAGCAUUCGUAUGCAGAUACAGUCGUGGGCAUGGCGCGUGAGGAGUCCAGUGACCUUCUUCUCAUUCCGUGGAGUGAGACGGGUGCCAUGAGCGAGCAUCAAAGCGGGCUCGGUAUCGAUGAAGCGAGCCGGUUUUCUAAUGGCCCGUACACAGAUUUUGUAUCCAACGUGAUGCGCCAAUCGUCAUCCAGCGUCGGGAUUCUUAUCGAACGGAGCAUCUAUAGUCGUCGUACUCGUAAAGGUCUUUUUGCGAAACGAUCGUUUAGCGUCAUGAGUAUUCGCAGCUCCGUGUGGAACAGCGCGCCACCAGCAGCCGCACGGUCUCACCAUAUCGUGUUGCCUUUCUUUGGGGGAGACGAUGAUCGAUUUGCGCUGCGCUUUGUGAUGCAACUUGCCCAAAAUGACCAGGUCACCGCCACGAUUAUCCACAUCGAUGUAGCGCCGUCUCCGCCGCAAGCCCCGGAGGUGCCGCAGAGUUCGCCAAGUAGCACCAAGAAGGCCAAGUCGUCCAGUCAAGUCUCAACAACCGUUCAGGGAUCCGAAUCAGAUUCAAUCUUUUUCAGCGCCAUGAAGGACUCCCUUUCCGAAGAGCUGACCACCCGGAUCGUCUUCACCCGAAUCAGCCCGCAAAAAGACAGGACCGACGCCGUGGGUGUCGCGGUUACGGCUGUCAAAGAAGAGAUGGGUAAGGUUCCGCAGAAAGCCGGCAACAUCGUCGUGGUGGGACGACGCAACAACCGGGUGGACCUCAGCGAAUCCCCGGCAUCCUCGCAGGAAGAGGUCGGCGUCGAAGCCAGUCGGGUUCUUGGAGCGGUCGCACAAGCCAUGGUUCGCACAGAGAACCGCAUCGUUGGUGACGUUCUGGUUCUGCAAGCUGGCAUGGGUGGCGUGGGUGCCCGGUAGAGACUUUGUGGCUUAAGC